AUGAUAUCCCCACUAACCACCCGCCUCCACGCCUCCCAUAGCCGCUACAAAACCCGCAACCCCAGAUCCUACGCCGCCCACCAGGAAGCCCUCAAACACCUGCCUGGCGGAAACACCCGCUCCUCAAUUUUCUCUACCCCAUUCCCCCUCACCAUCGCCUCUGGCAAAACUGGCACCCUCACCUCCCUAGACGGACACACAUAUACUGAUUUACUCGGAGAAUAUAGCGCUGGCCUAUUCGGCCACUCCAACGCGCGUAUAGCCAAUGCUAUAUCAACCGCCAUGACAGGUGGAUGGAAUUUCGGCGGCAUCAGCGUGCAUGAGUGUGCUUUUGCGGCGCGUGUGUGUGACCGCUUCAAGGAGGCUGGGGUGGAGAUGGUGCGAUUUACGAAUUCGGGGACGGAGGCGAAUACAAUGGCGAUUGCGACGGCUUUGGCGUUUGUUAAUAGUAGUGACAACGGGAACGAUGGCACGAGGACGAGUAGCACGAAGAAUAAAAUCCUCGUCUUCAGCAACGCAUACCAUGGCGCAACACUUACGUUUCCGAUGAGCCUUGUCGGCGGAAAUGGCGAUCAAGGCAGCGGAGUGAUGAGCAGCGGCGGCACCGCAGGCCCCGCAGCCACGAAUCUCCCACACGACUUCGUCAUGGCGCCAUACAAUAACAUCGCGGAGACGAGGGCAAUUAUCGAUUCCCUCGAUCCAAGCAAUAGCCUUGCUGCAAUCCUCUUCGAACCCAUGCAAGGCGCCGGCGGCUGUCGGACCGCCACGAAGGAAUUCGCUAGCUUCCUACGGCAGGUUGCGGACGAGCAUUGCGCGCUCCUCAUCGCUGAUGAAGUGAUGACGUCCCGACUGGGACCUGCGGGAUUAUGUGUGAGGUAUUUGGGUAUCAACCCUGAUAUUAUGACGUUGGGGAAAUGGGUUGGUGGUGGGAUGAGUUUCGGGGCAUUCGGGGCCAGGAGGGAGAUUAUGGAGUUGUAUUUACCUGCAGGUCCGGGGGAGGGGAAGGGGAGAGGGAAAGGGAGAUUGAGCCAUGCCGGGACUUUUAAUAAUAACAUAUUGACGAUGGUGGCCGGAUUCGAAGGCCUGGGCAUAUAUACGAGGGAAAGAGUUGAGGCGCUUAAUGCUUUGGGGGAUAGAUUGAGAGGCGGAGUUUGGAGUAUGCUUGCUGAUCGGGGAAUUAUCGGUGAACAUGUAAGGACGGGUGGUGAGUUAAGUGGAGGGUUUGGGUUUGUGGAGGUCGAUACGUUUCAUCGAGAGAAGCGGGAGGGGGAGACCAAGACCCUUCCACGAAUGUUUAUAAGUGGGUAUGGGAGCCUGAUAACCGUGCGGUUUACUGGAGAUGCUGCAGAAGCGUGGCAGGCGCUGUUUUAUCACCAUAUGCUGGACCAGAAUGUUUAUCUUGCUAUGAGGGGCUACAUGGCUUUGACGUUAGAGACGACAGAGGGUGAUGUUGACAGGUUUAUCAAAUGCGUGGGGGCCUUUCUAGACCAGUAUGGAGAGGAGCUGCUGGUUGCUUAG